CUCAAUUUUUCAACCGACCAUCACAAAUUCACGAAACCAAAAUGGCUUCUUACUGCCCAAAUGACGUUGACAGCAUUUUGAAAAAGGAAGUGACAUUUUCGGAAUGUCAAAACGCAAUGAAAAACAAAGAAUUUUUAAGAGAUUUCCUGCUAUUUAAUUUGAAUGUAAUUUUCAACGUUAUAAGAACGAUAUUUGAGUUUAUUUUUGAAAAUAGUGGCUGUGUAUUAUUUUGUGUUUUUGUAUCUUUUUUAUUGUUCGUUGGUUAUAGAAGCUAUGUUAAUCCUCUUUUGUAUAAAAAAGAACUAACAGAAAUCGGUUUCGAGCACAUAGCGAAAGGCCCGGAUAGGGACAGGCGGAUAUCCAGGGCCCAGGCCACCAGACGGAUGGGUAACAAAAUACCCCCACCGUACCCUAACGGAUGGUUUGCAGUGGCAGAGAGUAGGGAACUGAAAGUUGGCGGAGUAACCGCUGUUGAUGCUUUAGGUCAAAAUCUCUGCGUCUACCGUGGAGAAGACGGCGUUGCCCGCUGUGUUGACGCCUAUUGCCCUCAUUUGGGGGCAAACCUAGCUGUCGGGGGCAAUGUCUGUGGCAACUGCAUCGAGUGCCCCUUUCAUAAGUGGAGAUUUGGAGAAAAUGGGGCUUGUGUUAGUGUUCCGGGAGUUGAAAAUGCCCCAAAAGGCGUAUCGAUAAAGCAAUGGUCGACAGUGGAACGUGACGGUGCCAUUUGGAUCUGGUAUGACGCGGAGGACAGACCGCCUCUGUGGAACAUAGAGGAGGUGCCUGAGCUGCAGCACUGGGGGUAUAGAGGCAGGAACGAGUUUAUUGUUAGCGCUCAUAUACAAGAAAUACCAGAAAAUGGUGCUGAUGUAGCACAUCUGAAUGCGGUUCAUUCGCCGUCUUUAGUUUCCAGUUUAGGAGAGAAAUAUCCACUACUGUAUGACUUGAUAGGUUGUCACGUAUGGUCAGCGAGCUGGACGAAGGGCGACGACCACACGGCGCACAUGACGCUGACACAUGACUACAAAAUCAUGAAGUGUCAUUUAUGUCAUAUAGAUGUCAAAGUUACACAGAUAGGUCCCGGCCACGUGCGUCUCUUCAUGCAGUCCCCAGUAGGGCCUAUCCUAGUCUCCCAGUCGGUGACGCCACUAGCGCCCUCUCUGCAGCGCGUGGUGCAUCGCAUGUACUCGCCGACACACAACGCGCCUCUAGCAGCGCUGCUUGUCAAGUCUGAGGGGGCUAUGUUCGAACGCGACAUCACAAUAUGGAACAGCAAGCGUUUCGUCUCUGCCCCCGCGUACGUCAAAACGGACAAAACUAUACGCGCCUUCAGGAGUUGGUUCUCACAGUUUUAUAGUGAACAUAGCAUAUCUUUUAGGGACGCUAAUCAAAAUACACUGGAUUGGUAACUUAUCUAUUAACUGCGGGUUUCUAUAACGUAUCUAUCUGUUGUUUUGAAAGAAAGAAAAUAUAUCAUUGAUAUUGAGUUUCUUGCCGGCUCUUCUCCAUGAGACCAACUCUUUGGAACCGUGAAACUAGUGUGACUUUUCUUAAGAGUGACUGUUGACUUUGCUUAAAUAUUAAUUUUAAAAAGAGAACUAAUUUUGAUUAGAUCUAUCUAGAUUAGAGAUUAAAAUAUGGACAUAAUUUAUAUGAAGCUAAUGUCAAAAUAACGCUGGAUGCAGGUCGCCUCCAACAGGUAUCUGUGGUGAUCUAAGGGGGAGGCCUAUGUUCAGCAGUGGACGUCCGCCGGCUGAGAUGAUGAUGAAUGUCAAAAUUAUAAUCUCUAAUCGUAUACUCGAAAUACACCAUUACCCACUUUAAACUGAGCUUCAAAUUGAGUUAAGCGCCAUCUAUUGUUGAGUAACGGAAGUUUUUAAAACUAGAAUGUUAAAAUCAAAAAAGGUAUAGAGCGCUUGUAGACGUCCGUUUUUUUCACCGGAUAACGGACCGUGAAUAAACGGCUAUCCUUGUAUACAUAAGUUUUUUACCGGAUGGAUGGACUGCCGUCUAUAUGCGUUAGAACGCAGGUAGACGGCACUCAAUUAACAGAAAACAGGCAAUACGCCCGGCAGCGUCAACACGCACCAAUACACUGGCGUGGAUGACCGCCAUUUCUUACACCGGACCGGUGUCCGUCGCGCCUAGGGGAAGGGGUGGUGCAUCCGGCGUAAAUUGUUCGCCGGACCGAUGUCCGGUGCAUGUACACACAUUCAUUAUAAUUCAUACACCACCGCGAAUCCGGCAAAAAACACGGUCCGUUAUCCGGUGAAAAAAACGGACGUCUACAAGCGCUCAUAGGUUGGAGUCUGGAGACCAACGUGACUUAUUUUUUUUAUGAGCGUUUGUUUAAUUAAAUUAAGUUAAAACCAUCUAUUCUAUUCUAUUUAUGGAUGUUAUAUUCUUAUGCAGAGAUUGUGAAACUAAUUUUGUGUGUUAAGAAUUAAGAACAACUUAAUUUAUAAAUAAAGAUAUCUAUUUGAUAAAAUAGGAUUAUUGUUUGUCAUAAAAAAAACACGACCGUGAUGCCAAAUUGUACAAUUAAUUUUAAUAAAUAGUUUAGUG